AUGGCACAAAACCCAGCUAACGUAGAAGAAAAUGUCACACGCGAGUCAAGCUUUUCACCAGACUCGCCAAAGGAUGGCCUUCAGUCAGGCUCUACUCCUGCUAAUGCUACUGAUUCUCUCACAAUUGGACAAGUAAACUCCACCCCAAGUAGUUCUGAUUUUCAAUCCUCUACUGUAGAAGCACAAGAGAAUGUUUCUGAGGUUCCUGCCUAUGUAGAUAGCUCUGACGAAGACUACGAUCCGGAAGCUUCUAUUGACAGUAAGACGGCAGAUGCUGCUAAGACUCCCUCUGCGGAUACGCACAGUGUUAUUGAGAAUCCUCACUCCAAUGCUUCUGCUGUUUCUAUCGACUCUACGCAUUCUGCAACUUCUACUAAUUCUGCUAAACUACUAAAGAAAGACUCUGAUAUUGAUCAUCAAGACUCUGCAUCUGAUUCCGAGCCUCAAUUGGAGACAACAAGACCUUCGGAGAGCGAUGUUGGUCCCAGUGAAGAACAAGAGGAUGAAGAAGAUGAAGAUUAUGAUCCUGAAGUCACAGUGCCCAGUAGCCUAAAUUCCGCUAACCAGAAGGACGAACCUGUGAAAGAAACACCCCAAUUAGACUGUUCCGCCGCCGACGCUUUGAAAGAAGCUUAUGAGGCUGUCAUGCAAAGUGAUCUCGUAAAACUGGAAGCCUUUGCGAAGCUCAGUCCAGAGGAGCAGAUGGCUGCUAUCCAAGCACUUCUCCAAACUAAAAACGUCGCAUUACCUACAUUAAACGACCAAAACUCGUCUGCUGUUCCAAUCAAUCCAAUCACUGGAAAAGCGCGGCCAGACUUGACCCAGCCUAUGACUAGUGACGAACAAGCAGCCUGGAACAAAUUUCUAGAAGAGGAGGCUGAAAACUCCAACUGGGAGACUCUUGAUAAAUUCCCGCCUGGACUGAGACUUUUCAUUGGAAAUUUGUUCAACAACCCUCGGUUGAAGGAAGAAUUGUUCAGAGUUCUAAAUCAAUAUGGAGACGUAGUGCAAAUCACCAUCAAGCUAGGAUAUGGGUUUGCACAGUUUAAAUCUGCAGAACAGUCGCAGAGUUGUGUAGAAGGAGAGAAAGACAUUCCAUUUCAGGGCCGUGUCUUGCGUUUCAACACUUCGUAUGGUCACAAGAAUCCUCAUGGACAGAAUGCACAAAUGGGUCAGAUGAGAGGUAGAGAACGCUUCGAUGAAGGCGGCAACGAUCAAAAAAGGUUCAGAGGCGACAAUAAUGAUCUCCAAAUAUUUGUCACAGAUGGAAGUGACGAGGCUUUCGGGAAGGCUUUCCGUAACAGUCUUCGCAACGCUGGUCUCACAUACUCUGUAAAAUCCCUUUCUAGCGACGAAACUUCAGAAGAGAUGGUGGAAGCCGCAUAUCUGGGCUCUGUUGGCGCUUGUGUCGUUAAGGGUUCAGCAAUUGACUUACAGGUCUUCCAAGAAACUGCUGAUGGUGGUGUGAAAUUUGACGAGUACUUGGGCGUCACCCCAACGAAUGUUUGCGAGCUUGUAGAUAAAGCAAAACAGCAGAAACCUCCAAAAAAGAGUUACCAAAACUCUGAGAAUUAUUCUCAGAGACCAUAUCAAAACGACAGGCAGCAUGGCAAUUGGCGUCCAAACUCAUACAACAAUUACAACGGCCGUGGCAAUUACAGAAACAAUAACAGAAACUAUCAUGGAAAUCAGUACGGUCCCAGGGGUCAUGAUGGUCCUAACAAUAUGAACAACAAUUGGCAACCAAGAGGAAACUGGAGGCAAGGGAAUCAGGGCCCUAACAAUCAAUACUACAAUAAUUCCAACAAUGGUGGAAGCUACAACAAUCCAAGCAAUAAUUAUUCUGGCUACCAAGGAAACAAUUCGGGACAUGGAAACAAUUCUAAUUUCAAUGGCGGCUACCAGGGAAACAACCAGUAUCAGGGAUCAUCCUGGAACAAUCAGAUGGGAGCCCCACCACCACAGAACUUCAACACACAACCACCUGCACCUCAAUUCCAGCAGCCAUACAAUGGCGUGCCUGGUAAUGCAAUGCCACCAGCGGGAUACCAGAAUCCACCAAUUGGAAUGCCUGUUCCUCCUAGUCAAAAUGCGGGCUUUGCAGGGUACCCGCCAGCACCAAACCCUAUGGGCCAGCCGAUGUAUAAUCCGGCAUCUUCAGCACCUUUGCAACCUCCCGUACCUGAAACUGGAAGUGCACUCAUGGACAUGUUAGCUAAAUUGGGACGUAAGUAA